AUGGCAGACACUGAACAAGGAAAACCGGCGCCCAGCAGCAGUUGCCAAAGGGAUGUGUCAGCGUCCCAACAAAGAGCUUGGAACUUCCAGCAGGCAGAGAUGGCAACACUGAAGGAUAACAGCCGUGUGCCUCUUCCUGGGACGCUGCUCUGUGUGCCUCUUCCAGGGACACUGCUCCGUGUGCCCCUUCCCGGGAAGCUGCUCCUUGUGUAUAUUCCUGAUUAUGUAUUCAUGCCCGACCCUAACUCUAGCAGCAGCACUAACGGGUUCGAUGGUCUGUGUGGAGCUGAUGAUGCAAACACGAACAUCCAUCAAAAGCUUGUUGCUGUCAGCAACAAGAAUUUUGGGCAGCUGGAGCCAUGCUCCAUGGACGAGGAGGAUGACCGGGACCCCAAGCCCAAGCCAACGAGCACGACGAGGUAA